AUGUCUGGCCCUCCUAGGUAUCCGCUUUUGGGAACCCAGGCUAUUUACGACACAAGACUCACAGACCCUUCGGCAAAGCUCUGCGACACGUUGGUCGAGCCUUGUCCAUUCUCUUUGUCCCUGGCGCCUCUAGAGACCCAGCUGCGCAAAAGGUACCGUGCCCACCAGAACCAGGACAACAAGGACGAGUCGCAUCAAAAUCUUUCUUCACAGGCGCCUGGUGCUGAUAGUGGUGACGACAUGAUUAUCUCGGACACGGAUACCGUUCCUGACGUGACUCAUCCGCCCAAGAGACGCCUAACGCUGGCCAACCUGACGGACCCUCAAGGAAGACAGCUUUCAGUGCCUGCUUCCUCUGAGUCGAACAUGUCGAUUCUGAGCAACACGACUGUGGUAGGGUCCGCAUUGCGCUCCAACACGUUCAACAAGCCAAGUGACAACCAAAUGCAUCCUUGUACACCCAACGUCAUAGAGUCCAUGACGAACUCUCCGAUAUCCGAUAUGGAAGAUCAGAAUCCUCAUCAACUUGUGCUUCCUCUGCCUCUGGCUUCUCCAGUGCAGAGCGCCAGUGAGAAACGGUCAGUGUACGAACUCUUUGAGCGUUGCAUGAUGAAGCCUCCCAUGACUCAAGGCGACUUGGCCGAUCUCAUGGUGAACCUCUCGCAGUUCUCUUCGUCGCAAAGCAGAAACAAUAUUAUCUUCCAGCUCUUGCAACAGGUGGACAGGCUGCUGCUUCUGACUUUUUGCGGUAUUAUCCAAGAUUCCUUGAGACGAGACUUGCUUUCGAGCUUACCUUUGGAGAUCUCCUUAUCCAUACUCUCGCAUUUGGACUACAAAUCUGUUCUUGCCGUCUCUCGGGUGUGUCGCUCAUGGCACCGUUUGGUCAACAACACAGCUCUAUGGACAUCUAUGCUCUCUAGAGACAAGCUUUUGAGUGACGCUAAUCUCUUGGAUAAGGAGCUUUCAAAGCCAAAAGAACUUGUCCGCGACUGGUCAACUCCGAGUCCAUACCUUUCGGAAAUCAACAUCGCUCAAACGCUUUACAAAAAACGCUUCAUCAUUCUACAACGUUGGAUGAACCCAAAUUACGAACCAAAACGUAUCAGCGUGGCUGGCCACGGCUCCAAUAUCGUGACAUGCCUUCAGCAUGACGAAGAGAAGGUGAUAACUGGUAUCGAAGGUAAACUGAUCUUUGUCCACGCUACUAAGACAGGUGAGCUUCUACGCGUCCUUAGGGGUCAUGAUGGUGGCGUUUGGGCUCUCAAGUACUUCUCCAACACUUUGGUGAGUGGUUCUACCGAUCGUGAUGUACGCGUAUGGAAUAUCAGGACAGGUAAGUGUACCCACAUGUUUAGAGGUCACACCUCUACUGUUCGAUGUCUAGAUAUCUUGCAUCCUGUUCAGAUUGGCACCAAUGACAACGGAGAGCCUAUUAUCUUUCCUAAGGAGCCACUUUUGGUGACAGGUUCAAGAGAUCACAAUUUGCAUGUUUGGAAGCUUCCGCUUGACAACGAGGGUCCGCAUGCUGAUGAGAGCUCCGAAACGAAAGUGUACGAUAGUAAGGAUCCUGAUAAUCCAUACCUUGUUGCAGUUUUGGUUGGCCACACUCAAUCUGUUCGCUCAGUUUCCGGAUAUGGUAACAUUAUCAUCUCUGGUUCAUACGAUACCACCGUUCGUGUCUGGGACUUAAAAGAAGGUGGUAGAUGCAAGCAUGUUCUAGAAGGUCACACCGAUCGGAUCUAUUCUACCGCCUUGAACUUUAAGACGCGUCGCUGUUACUCGGGCUCUAUGGACCUGUCCAUUAAUGUAUGGGAUUUUGAGAAAGGAAAGCUACUAUUUUCUUUGGAAGGUCACAACUCACUCGUGGGCUUGUUAGAACUCUCGGACGACUAUUUGGUAUCUGCUGCCGCAGACUCUACGUUGAGGGUCUGGAAUCCUUCUACCGGUGAGAAUUACAGCAAGUUAAAGGGACAUAGUAGCGCUAUUACCUGUUUUCAGCAUGAUAGUCUCAGAAUUGUGAGUGGAAGCGAACGUAUGUUGAAACUAUGGGAUGUCAAUACAGGCAAGUUCGUCAGAGACCUAUUGUCGGACAUCACGAGAGGUAUAUGGCAGGUGCGUUUCGACCCAGAUAGAUGCGUUGCUGCUGUUCAGAAACAGGGUGGUGAAAGUGAAGAAACAUACAUUGAAAUUCUUGAUUUCACUGAGCCUCUCAAUAGAAUCUCUGAGAUAUAA